CAUCAAACACGUACCUCCCCUCCGCACCACGAUGAGUACCAGCUACCUUCCACACGUUCUGUACUCCAUGGCCAUCAUGUCACUUUCCGUGCAUCUCGUUUACCAGAAACAUUCUAUGCGUCAAGAGAAAGGACGCGUUACUGGGCAAAUUUCGAUACUGGAAGACGUUAUCACACAGCUACGUUCGGGGACGCAUUUGUCAAGGACGGAACUACAGCGGCUGAGGAAACUCGCGAUGCCGUCGUCGAAGGAGGAGAAGGAGGAAAUUACCUGGAAGGAGGCCCUCUUGGGCAAGAAGGAUAUCAAGACAUCAUCGAGGACAGAUGAUAAUUCUACGAAGCCAUAAAACUGCAAGCCAGUGCAACUCGAAUCUCAUUCGAAAAAAACUUGGCAACACAUAUUCUAGCGGCAACACAUUGUCGUGCUGGAAAAAAGGGUUACAAAUGGGUGGAGCAAAUGUCUGGGUUCCCAGGGCACUCUUAAGGACGUUUGGAUGCUGCUGAAGGAUUCCCAAGAGGAAACGAAUUGUUUGG